CGAUCCCAGUUAAACUCUGUAAAUGUAAGAGUUCAAAAAACAAAAGAUGUGUGAAUAAGUAAAUAUUUAAUGCGUGUAUUUUAUUUUAUUGUAUCAAUGUAUUAAUGCAACACAUUUUUCCCAUGCAAUUUUGGAUACAAAAAUGGUUACCUGGUAAUUUCUGAACCAUAUCCUAUCGUCUGCUAUUGUGAAUGUGAAGACAUGGUCGACAAAUGGCUGACUCUUUGGGUGAUAACGUGGUGUUGAAAAAGUCUGAAAAUGGGAAACAAAUGUUCAUAAAUAUAAGGUGCAAAACGGUAAUUAUUUCAUACAAUUCCAACACAAACCUGGAUGAAGAGUUCCUUCAGUAAGGCGUAGUGGGGCUCUGCAUCAAAUUUCUGUAGAGUGUAACAAGUCAAAAUGGCAGCAGGUGUACGAGAAGCAUAGAUGGAAUCAUAAAGUGCAUGGCUGUAUUGGCUACAUCACGAAUAGUAUAAUAUAACAAAUGCGUCUGCUAAGAUAAAGAUUAACAUGCUUUCUAUUAAUACAGACGAUAUGCUGACAAAGUUGUUUUCUAGUUCAGAAUGUUAGGUCAACUUCUUGUGGCGAGUGAUCUUAACCUCAGUCAAUUGAUGUUCACAAUGCAGAAACACCUGACUGAGGUAUGCACUGCAGAAGAGGAGUGAAAUAUCGCCCAAUAUUUACACUUGAAUGUUGUGUUAUCUGUCUUUGAUGAGUGGUUCUGUUACACGCAUUCCUCUCUAGACAUCAAUCUUCCCCACAAAAAAAUUAAAAAUUCACAGCUUUCUUGAUAAACUAAUUCCCGAAUUAAGUUCGAUUGAAUUGCUAUAAUAAGUUGAAUCCAAAAUGCAAGCAGACAGCCUCUAAUCUCACUCUAAACAUCACUAAUUUUGAUUAAACAAUGUUUCAGUGGCCAGUACAUGAACAGCAGUUCUCACCGGGUCAAAUGACAACAGUGGUCUGGAUCCCUUCAGGCAGUUCCCUGUCAUCUUGAGCUCUGCCAGUGUGUGAACUGAGUGAAAUGCAACAUGUAAACCUCGGAACAAAAAAACGCGUCCUUUCUUAAAUGCUCAUGGAAAUGUGCCACUUACUGUUUUGAACCAGGAAUUUUGCUGAGGGUCCCCGAGGACUGUUUGAAAUCCUGCGUUGCGAAAAAUGAAAAACGACUCAAUCACACACGAAUGGCAUUGCUUCCAAUGAGCAUCUUAUACUGACCACAUGUACAAGUCCUGCUUCUUCUUGGCUUCGAAAAAGAUGCAUUUGUUGCAGUUCUUUAUCUCACACACCUGAAAUCACGAAAAAUAAGAACAGAUUGUAAAGCAUAAGUACCGAAAUGCCAAGCGAAUCACGAUAAAUUCUUGCAAGUCUUCGUUGAGAACAUGACUACAUUGACGACUUCCAUGCAGGGGACUGACCUCGUUGAUAACAAACAGCUUGUCUUUUCGGUCCAUUUUUGUAUCUGAAGGCAAAGAAACGAUAGUCAUACCAGAUCACAUAUUGUGGUGUUGUCGGAGGUUUUGUUUCAUGCUAACCUGAUUUAGCAUGGGGCAUCAUGGUCCUGAGGUCCUGCAUCAAGUGUCUCGUUCUGAAGUCAAUGCCUCUUGAGGAAAAAAUAAGAACUCUUUCCUUGUUGACCCAUUUCCCCUGUAAUAGCAACGAGUACAGUCACUUCAAAACACUGUCAAUAACAUUUUGACAAGUUUAGCUGACAUGGAAUGCGGCAUUAAUGUUGUGUAUCUAAGAGACCGACAGCAACAGCCAUACGACAACCAACUCAAUAUCCCACCAUUGAAACCGGAGCGGGAACUGUGACUUCAUUCUUGAUCUCCAACUCUGUGUCGAUCGGAGUCUUGUCACUUCCAUCGGCGAAUUUUACUUUCUUUGCGUUUUUCACGACAGCGUGUUUUCCUCCACGUUUUCUCUUGAGCGUAGACAUGUUUUCCACUGUACAGCAGGAAGUGGAAACUCAAACACUUAGUGCCGCAGCGACCCCUGUUGAAAGGAGGUAAUACUGCGAAUGGUCCCUAAACAUGAUCAAACCUUAUCUGUAGAUGUUAAUAUACCGGAUAGAAUGUUUUAUACUGCAAAUUAUUAGGAAUUAUAGUGGUAAGGAUCUUCACGUAUGACUUAAUAAUUACGAAACUAAACUUUCGACACCGUUCGUAGAAAGUGUCGCGAGAUUAAACGAGAUCCGCUCUAAGGACGUGUAUGUCGACGCAGGGCAGUUAUUAAAUUUCUCUCGGUUUUAAAACGUAUUAUCAAUUACGCUUAAUAUGCUUACCGAGUCGUAAAGUGACUUUUCUUUGAAGUUAUAUAUUGCCGUGGUGACGGCGUCUCACCGGCGCUAGCAUGUUGUGGCUAGCUCCUCGCUAACUGGGCAACAACGUGAUGGAAGCACUGGACUGACCAUUCUUCGCUGUAUGUUUUGAGUUGUGUCGGUAUUUCAAGAUGAAAUGCCACUAUGAAGUGCUGGGUGUAAAGCGAGACGCCGGAGAUGAUGAUCUGAAAAAGGCGUACCGUAAACUCGCACUUAAAUGGCAUCCAGAUAAGAACUUGGAUAAUGCAGAAGACGCAGCAGAACAAUUCAAGUUGAUUCAGGCAGCUUAUGAUGUUCUCAGUGAUCCACAGGAGAGAGCUUGGUAUGACAAUCACAGGGAUGCUCUGCUGAAAGGAGGUUUAAGCGGUGACUAUGAGGAUGAUAGUAUCGACCUGCUGCAGUACUUCACUGUCACCUGCUAUUCUGGUUAUGGUGAUGAUGAAAAGAGCUUUUACACCGUCUACAGGAAUCUGUUCGAAUCCAUAGUGAAAGAGGAGAUGGAGAACAGCAAAGUGGACGAGGAAGAUGAUGAAGAGUUUCCACCAUUUGGAGAUUCUCAGAGUGACUAUGACACGGUGGUUCACAUGUUUUAUGGCUACUGGCAGAGCUUCUGCACACGGAAAAACUUUGCCUGGAAGGAGGAGUAUGAUACCAGGCAAGCGUCCAACCGCUGGGAGAAAAGAGCGAUGGAGAAGGAGAACAAGAAGACCAGGGAAAAGGGCAGGAAAGAGCGGAACGAGCUUGUCCGUCAGCUGGUCGCAUUUGUUCGCAAACGGGACCGGAGAGUCCAGGCCCACAGAAAGCUGGUGGAGGAGCAGAAUGCGGAGAAGAUCAAGAAGAUGGAGGAAUUGAGGAGGAAGCAAAAGCUCAGCCAAGCAAAACUUGCCGAGGAGUACAAGGAGCAGAGCUGGGUGGACAUGUCUGAACUGGAGAAGGGGCUGCAGCAGAUGGAGGCCGAGUAUGGAGAGACAUUUGGAGAUGCGUCAGAGAGUGAAGAGGACGAGUUGGACAUGGACACUUUGGAAAAUGGCGAGGGAUGGGACGCUGCACAGAUUGGUAUAGAUGAUCUGGAAAUUGAAGACUUUGAUGACAUGUACUGCCCAGCGUGUGACAAGUCCUUUAAAUCUGACAAGGCCAUGAAGAACCACGAGAAGUCCAAAAAGCAUCGUGAAAUGGUCGCUCUGCUUCGACAGAGACUAGAGGAAGAGGAGGAGUCACUUGGGCUGAAUCAGGAGACUCGGGAAAUAGAAGGGGAGAAUGGAGAGAAGAAAUAUGGUGAUGAUGAUGAUGAUGAAGAAGAAGAAGAAGAAGAAGAAGAAGAUGAGGAGGAGGCUAAACCAAGACAGAAGCUGUCGAAGAAGCAGAAGAAGAAAAAGAAACAACAGAGAGUUGUAAAUGAGAGUGCUCCAGAGGAGGAAGAGAAGGAGCCAGCUGUGGUCCAGAGUACAGACGAUAUACCUAAAGAGUCAGCGGAUCCACCGGAGCCAGAACAGCAAGAAGAUCUUCCCACACAGGCCAACAGCAGCUCUGGGAAGAUGAAAGGAAAGAAGGGAGGAGGAAAAGAGAAAGUGAAGAAUGCCAAGUCGAUCAAGCGGGAUGAGCCAGAUGUCCAGAAAGAAGUGAUACUCCGCUGUGUGACCUGCAGCCAUGAGUUCCCCACCAGGAACAAGUUGUUUGACCACCUGAAGGCCAGUGGUCAUGCAUCUGCCUUGUCCUCUGCCCCGGGCUCCAUGAGCAAAACCAAGAAAGACAAAAGGAAAAUCAGAUGAUGAUGCAUGAACGUAAAAGCUUUUUUUUUUUUUUUUUCACGUGUGUUGAAGUGGCUGCUGCUGGCGUGACCUCAUGUUGACAAUAGGUGUAUGCGACUUUCAAUUGUUAUUGAACAAUGAAUAGCCACUUUACCAGCUGGCUCUGGAUUGAGUCUGACGGUGAAAUCUGUUGGUCGAGUUUUACAAUCAAAUGUUAAUGUUAUGUUGGCUAGUUUUCACCUGCUUGACUUCCUAUGGAAAGAAAUGUGCUGCUAGAAUUUCCUGUUUACCGCCCUCUUCUGGUGAACAGUCACUCAGCCAUUUCUAGUUUAUCAAAUAUGGUAUGAGUAGUUCGUUUACAUCGAUCCUAAUGCACCAGUUGUGCAUUCCUGGUCUAUCCAAAGAUGGAUCACUGUCACACUCAUUAUAUAGCAAUUUAGGCAACAUGUCUUCAGGAUUUCCCAGCUUUUCAGUUUCCUCCUCCUUCACCUCGAACACCAUCCCAAGUUAAAAGACUCCCAUGAGCCUUGUCUUCAUCUCAGCAUCUACAGGUAUACUGCAACAAGAGCAUGAGGCUUUGCUUGCAGUCACACAGGGAGCCAUUGUCUCAGGUGGAAAAGCUGAAUUGGACUAAUAACUUCAGUCCAAAACCUGCGUGGAAUGAAAUAUUACUUCAGAGUACUGCACCUCCUGUACUAUGAUACACAUUACUACCACUCAGGAUCCAUGCUCUUUUCUCUAAGUCUUUAGAUGGUGAAACCAACUCUCACCAACUUGCUGUGUGUGGCAGUCCAUUUGGCUGAAUGUUCUACACUACAUCCAAGUGAUGGCACUCCAACUGAAUUUCAAUAUUCGAGUGCCAGCGGCUAUUUAUGGAAUCGCAGGAGCUGCCAGCAAAGAGCAAUUAUUCAUGGAAUUAGAUUCACAUGUCACAUUUAGUGAUCAGGUGAUUUAAGUCAGGUGUAACUUAAUAAAUGCUUCCCAUCAAUGAAAGCUUGAUUCAGUGUGGACAUUUGUUUUCAUACAUGUAUGCAGGGGGAAACAUGUUGGUCUGUGAUGAAACAACACUGCUUUCUUAACUUGUUUUUAGGGCCAUUACUGGCAAACUUGCAGACUGAAGGGGUUGUGUUUAUCAGUUAGCAGUAUGUCAUUUAAAAUGCGACACAAAAAAGAUCCAGGAGAGACUAUGGUUCAUCACAUUUAUUUAACCAAAAAUGUGUCAUUUAUGAAGAGCUGGAGGCACCAACUGCUGCACGCUUGGGUUUGGGGGCAGUGCCUUCCCGGAAGCCAUUUCUGGAAAAAAAAAACAAAACAACCAAUGUAAUAACCGUAACAAGUGGUCAAAGUUGAUGUUUGUGUAGCCAUUUAUGAAUGAAGGAAUCUAUUUUACACCUGAUCUGUGUCCAUUUAAUGACAAUUGACUAUGGAAAGUGGUAUCAGACUGUUGAUGACCUCAGAGAAAACAGUAAUAUCACUGUGAUUUCAUUUGUUCAGACAUUUAUUUUCACCCAUCAUCGGCCAGCAGUCUUUACCGGGUCGGACAACAGUCUAAAAUGUUGCUGCGGUCAAGUUAUUCUUCUUUGUAUCACAACAUCACUCAAGAUAGCAACACCUUUUUCUGCACUUUGAAAAAGCCAGCCUUUGCUGCUACUGUAACAGUUCAGCUGAGAGCUAUGUUUAGAUCACACCAGGUAAAAAAUAAAUAAAAAAAAAAAAACUUAUUUCACUGACAAACCGUAACUGGGACGUAGGCUGAACGCAGGAUGCUUAGCCAAUGAAGGUUAAAAAUAUAACCAGCGCAACAUCUUCAACAAUGAAGUGGGCAUUAAGACAUUCUUACCUGAAUCGACGGUAGACAACCUUCAUGUGUCUGAGACGGCCGGUACCAGUGGUAUUCCUCCUCUUUGCCUUGGCACUCCAGUUAUCUGAAAACAACAUAAAAAUGGUUGAAUCCUUCCAGGCUGUACCUUCAAUUUACCCAUGAAUGAAUGUUAAGCAAACCUUUAGAGAAGUAAGCACAAAACAUCUUCUGUUCAACAAGAUUACAUUAUAUUCAAGUAAGGCUUUCGGUACGUGACAGAAGAGAUGCAACUGACUGCUGCUGACCUCAGAGGAAACACUGAUAUCA